AUGGCAAAGCGAAAAAUAGAAAUAUUUGUGGAAAUACAAAAUGAGAGAGAUUUUCAUCAUAUUUUAGAUUCAAAUGAUGAUAAACUUAUUUGCGCUGAAAUCUAUUGCUCCUAUUUCGGAUCCUGCACUUGUCUCGACAGACUGUUUACUACUAUAAAGUUGGAUUGGUGCAACAGUAAAAUGAUUUUAUUGAAGGUACCAUGUGAUGAAAUAGAGUGCUUACAGAGAUUUCGCGGUCACAGUGAACCUGUUUAUAUGUUUAUUUCUAGAAAAAAAGCAACAAAAGUAUUCCGCGGAGUGGACAGCAUAAGACUAGCUCAGGUCGCGAGGGAACAAAUAAGACAUCUCAACAACGAAGUAGCAGGAGCAGGACCAGAAAGACCAUUUUAUGAGUUAGAUGAAGCUACACCCGACGAACACGAAUGGAUUACAACUGUGGCAUUGGAAGAAAAGCGGGAGGAAUUAAGUCUCCAAUCUCGUCGAUUCAAUCGACAAGCGCAGAGGAAGCGGCACCGUGCUGAACUCAUGGUGCCGCAUCUGCCUCACCUGAAUUUUGUGGUAUUCUGGCCCCACGCUCAUAACGCCCAUCCCCAACUGUACGAGCGAUGGGCUGAGAAUAACAUAUACAUGGUUGCCCGUGAAGCAAUCGAGCUGACUAAGGAAAAAGCAGAAGACAUCCUUUACGCGGGCGAUGCGCCUAUUAAUGAGGCGUCCAUGUAUUGCCUUUUAUCAGGCUCUGUUCUCACGCUAUGUUUCAGACUACUAGAUGAAGACAAGCAUUUUGUCUCUCUAGUACGUAAAAUUUUAUAUGAGGACCGUCUACCGUUUGGGGAGGACGGUAGGGAGAGAACGGCUUUUGAACAUUUCAUGUCGUACAGUAAGACUAAGGGAGAAAUACUUCAGAGUCGCCGGGAAGAAAGAGAAAAGAAAAAGCAAGAAGAGAUUGAGAAACGAAAAAGAAGAUUAUCAGAGAUGCAGAGGAUGGCCAGGCAAGCGAGACUAGAGGCGGUUGAAGCCAAGAGAGCUGAUAGAGAACGACAGAAGAUCGAGCUGCUGAAAUCAGGGAAAUUGGACGAACUGAAUAAGCUGAAAGAUGAACCGGAAAAUUAUGAUGAUGUGGAAUUGAGCAUUCCUAUUCCAGAAGAGUUACCUGAAGAACUGGAUGAACAGAGUAGUGAAGAAGAUGAAGACGAGUACUUUCCUCCACCAGGCCUGGUCAUUCCUGGAUUUUAUGCUCCACCCAAUGAUAUAGCGAAAGUCAACGGACUAGCUAUAUUGUUUCCUAAAUUGGUGUCAGAAUGCGUGACUCCUCAGCCUGAGUACCUCCCUCCACAUAUUCUAGUUAUGCUUGACAUAUCCAAGCGUUAUGUAGCUAUUCAAGCUCUGAGGAGACACAGAAAGUUGAUUAUUCACAUGGGUAUAUUUAGGGCUACGACUCCUUAUAAAGCGGUUCAUAUUGCGUACAGCGUAAAACAAUUCGACGCCACGGAUUCAUUUACAGAAACCGAUAAACUGAAAAUAGCGUUCAUGAUAUCAUUAGAAGUGGACUUGGCAAUUUUGGAGCUCAUGGAUUUGAACCCUACGCAUGUGAGUAGGGACCCGGUUAGUGGGGAGGAUGAGUGCGCCGCAUUGUUCCCAGUUAAUUAUGGAGACGAUUAUCCAGAAUUUGAAGACUUUGGAAGAGUUUCUGCGUAG